UGACGAAUCAUGAAGUUGUUUGUUGCACUCGCUGCCUUGUUGGCCACCGCUGUGGCCAUUCCGCUCGACGGACGUAUCACGAACGGCGAAGUUGCUGAGGUGGGACAGUUCCCCUACCAGGUCGGUUUGAGUUUGGAAUUCAAAGAGGGUGGAGCCUGGUGCGGUGGUACUUUGAUUUCUGACCGCUGGGUAGUCACUGCUGCCCACUGUACUGACGGAGCCGAGAGCGCAACUGUUUAUGUCGGAGCCACCAAAAUUAAGGAGGAAGAGCCCGGCCAGCACCAGAUAUAUGUGGACAAGAAGGACAUCAUUGUGCACGCCGGCUGGGAUGCAUCGAAGGUGGUCAACGAUAUUGCGCUAAUUAAGCUGCCCGUUAAGCUCGAAUUCAACGAGCGUGUGCGCGCCGCCACUUUGCCCAAGAAGGAUGGUCGCUACUCGACCUAUGCCGAUGAUAUUGCCGUCGCUUCUGGCUGGGGUCUUGACAGUGACAAGUCCAACUCCGUCUCUCCUGUCCUGCGUUAUGUUGAGCAGCCCAUUAUGGCAUCCAGCAAGUGCAACAUCUACUGGGCUGGCAUGAUCACCGAUCAGACCAUCUGUAUGAGCACCAAGUCUGGCCGUUCCACCUGCAGCGGUGAUUCCGGUGGCCCACUGGUCUACAAGGAGGAUGGCAUCGACUACUUGAUCGGUGCUACCUCUUUCGGUCUGGCUCUCGGCUGCGAGAAGGGCUACCCCGCCGUUUUCACCCGCAUCACCGCCUACUUGGAUUGGAUUGAGGAGAACAGCGGUGUGGUUAACAAAUAAGUCACACCCCGCCCUCCGAUUGACAAUAAAACAACGCACAUACACACAGA